UGGAAAACCACAACUUGCUCAUUCCUGACUGCAUAGGACCAGUUGCCCUAGUCUAGCUAUUUAAAGCUGGGCUGAGUUGUUCGAAGCAGUGAAGCUAGUUCCUCAGGUGGUAUCCAGAGUUUUCACUAUGGGAAGGAGUUAAGUCUUUGUAGGAAGGCAAAGACAAGAUCCAGCACAGCCUGGCCUGGAGUGUACCAAAAACAGGUGUGGCGUGACUCCUGUCCAAGCUCUCACCGGAAACCCAGCCUCUGUCCUUUACUCCAGAGAAGGCAGAAAGAAGGUCCUUCCUGAAAGCUGCACUCAAGACGGAAGACAAGGCCUCCUGCCCAUGAGGCCCACGGACUCCCGCCGAGCCGGUCUGCCAGCCCUGUCCUUUCAAAGUUGGAACCAGUAAAACCUAAAUUCUUUGAAGGUGUAGGAAGGAAGGACAUGGAACGUGCAGGGGCAUGAGGAUUCCUGUGUCCUGUCAGCUCUCUGGAGGGCUUGAGUCAAGACACCCUUCUUCCUUCUCCACUGGCCUCAACAGCAGCUGCCUGUGAGGCCCGCACAGCCUGCGUCCCGGGAGCUGCCGUGCUUGACCGCCUGCAGGAUGUCCAGCCAGGACCUGAGCAUCACUGCAAAACUCAUCAAUGGAGGUGUGGCAGGACUCGUGGGGGUGACCUGCGUGUUUCCCAUCGACCUUGCCAAGACCCGACUGCAGAACCAGCAGGGGAAGGAUGUGUAUAAAGGAAUGACGGAUUGCCUGAUGAAGACCGCACGUGCUGAGGGCUUCUUGGGCAUGUACCGAGGGGCUGCAGUAAACCUCACCCUGGUCACUCCAGAGAAGGCGAUCAAGCUGGCAGCCAAUGACUUUUUGCGGCAGCUGCUCAUGCAGGACGGGAUGCAGCGGAACCUGAAGAUGGAGAUGCUGGCUGGGUGUGGGGCUGGAAUGUGUCAGGUGGUGGUCACCUGUCCCAUGGAGAUGCUCAAGAUUCAGCUGCAGGAUGCUGGCCGCUUAGCCGCCUAUCGUCAGGCCUCUGCCUCAGCCACGCCUCCUUCCCAGCCCUACAGCACUGGCCCGGCUUCCACUCACAGGCGCCCAUCAGCCACCGCCAUCGCCUGGGAGCUGCUCCACACCCAGGGCCUGUCUGGUCUCUACAGGGGCCUGGGUGCCACUCUCCUCAGAGACAUUCCAUUCUCCAUCAUCUACUUCCCCUUGUUCGCAAACCUGAACCAGCUCGGGGUCAGCGAGCUCACGGGCAAGGCCCCCUUCUCGCACUCCUUUGUGGCAGGCUGCGCAGCAGGUUCUGUGGCCGCAGUAGCCGUCACCCCUCUGGACGUUCUGAAGACUCGAAUCCAGACCCUCAAGAAAGGCCUCGGAGAGGACACCUACAGUGGGGUCACUGACUGUGCCAGGAAACUCUGGACACAGGAGGGAGCAGCAGCCUUCAUGAAGGGGGCAGGCUGCCGUGCCCUGGUCAUGGCCCCCCUCUUUGGGAUUGCCCAGGGCAUCUACUUCAUUGGCAUCGGAGAGCGCAUCUUAAAGCGCUUUGAGUAAUCCAGCGUGUCCCUCAACUGGCUGGCCCUCCACUUGGGGCCUGACGUCAGUGCUGGAGCAUGAGGUGCCCGCCCCGACGUAUGUGGUAACUUGUAGCGCUACCUCAGAAGAGAUGACCCAUUUUACUAAGCGAGUAGAGCCCUCAUCUCCCUUUAUGAAAACUAAGCUCUGGGGUGCAGCCUACCGGGGGCACCCAGAAGCCCCAACCAUCCUGGUCUAGCAGAAGCGGCCUUCCUGGGUUAUCGUGGCAGGACCAUGACACCUUGGGUAGGGGCGGAAGGGGCUGUUUCACACUAACAUUCCCACCACAGGCAGGCGAAGCAGUGGCUGCGGCGUGUGCGGGGUCGGUGUUGUCUUGGUGCCGAUGUGGUACAGAUCAGAAGGGCACCUGGGCUGAACUGUGUACCCUCCUGAGCGUCACUCAUGGUCGGAUGAGCGGUCGGGCCGUGUCAGCAGCUGUCCUGCCCAGAUGCUCACCCUGAAAAUGGGCCGAUUCCCUCCGAAUGGAUGCUUGUGGGACAAGAGCUGAAAUAAAGCUGGUUAGAUCCUUGUCCUGUAAUCAGCAGAGCAGAUGACUGACAAGGAAUGUCUUCUCCAGAACCAGCUGUGGCCUCUGGGCCCACGGCAGUUCAUGACCACCUUCCAACUGUUGUUCAAGAGUGGAGAGUAGCUGGGGAGCCGUCUUUACACUGAACCUGAGUUUGUUUGAAUUAUUUAUGUGCAUGUGUGCCCCGGGGGACCAGAGCGAGCCAGCACUGGGUCCCGUGAAGCUAGGUUGGGGGCCAUCGUGAGCUGCCAGCUGUGGGCACUGAGAACUGAACUCAGGUCCUCUAGAAGAGUAGCAGGGGCCAUCUCUCCAGCUCUUACACUUGAGUCUUGUCUCUGUGCCUGUCACCUCAUCACCGUGUCACACUAAGAAACCCAAGCAAGCCUCACAGCCGGAGUCCCUCUUCUGUAUGUAGCCUGCUGCAGAGAAGUGAACGAUGCCGGGCGACAUCCGGUUCUGUGAAAACAAUCCUGUUUAAGAACGGUGCUUCCUGGGUCAGGCUGGAGACAUGGCUGAAUGGUGGAGAGCUUGCUUGGCACACGCCAAGCCCAGGGUUCCACCCCCAGCACCACAUAAGCUGGGUGUGGCGGCACAGGCCUAUAAUCCAGCAUUUAGGAGGUGGAGGCAGGGUAGGAAACUGAAGGUCAUCGUCUGUCAACAGGCAAGUUCUAGGCCAGCCUCGACUGCACGAGACCCUGACAAAAGCCAAAACAAGACUGAAAAGAACCCCCAUUAGGCCCACCUCACUUAAAACUUGGGUUGGGGGGGGGGCGGGUGUGCAUGCAAACUAUCCACCUGAAUGGCCUCAUCCUCAGUGAGAUAAGACCUAAACAAUUCUGUGCAUUCGCCUAAGGACCAUGGAAAGCACGGAUGAACAGUGAGGGGAUCUGUACUAAGUUCCUACCCUCCGGAACUUGGGCCGUUUUUCACUUUGUCCAAAUAAAACGGUUUCAACAAAGCUGCACAGGCCAUAGGUUGGGGGCGUGGCUCACCAGUGCAGCUCUGGGACCCACCCUCUAGCUCAGGUGCACAUACACAAGCUGUCUAGCCUCAGGACAGGACUAGAGAAUACCUGUAUGAUGUCCAUUCAGUCACAGGGCUGCAAAAAGAUCUAGUGAGCAGUUAAUAUACAGCAGGGAUUUGGGGCAAUUCCUCUCUAGGUUCCUCUGUAAGAACCUUCUUGGUUUUAGGGGGUGGUGAUGGUAGGUGGGGUCUUCUUUGUUGCCCAGGCUGGCCCCAAACAAUCUUACCAUAGCUGGGACUACAGAUGUGUGGCACUGUGCCCAGUAGAACUUACACACAAAUCACAAACUCGGUGCCUUAUGUAAAACAACCACCAGGAGCUGGAGAGAUGGCCAGAGGUUAAGAGCACUGGCUGCUCUUCCAGAGGUCCUGAGUUCAAUUCCCAGUAACCACAUGGUGGCUCACAACCAUCUAUAGUGAGAUCUGGUGCCCUCUU